AUGAGAAAUCACGAAAAUCGACCCACUGGGUCUACACUAUUGCCUGAAGUGGAUGAGGUGUAUUACCAUUAUUCUAAGCGUGAAAAUAGUCGUGGCCCUAUUCAUGGUCGUGGUCGUGGUCAUGGUCGUGGCCGUGGCUAUGGACAAGGAAGAAAUUUUCCUGGUGUUGAUCACCCCCCAAAGAAAAAUAACCACCAAAAGUGGAAAGGGAAAGAUGAGAAACCAAAGGCAAAUAGUUCAGAAACUGAAUGUUAUCGUUGCGGUGGAAAAGGCCAUUGGGCAAAUAUUUGUCGUGUACCAAGACAAUUGGUUGAGCUUUAUCAAGCAUCUCUAAAUAACAAAGGACCUGAAGCUAAUUUUGUCUAUGACAAUGAUUUUGACAUCACCCACUUGGAUGUGGUAGACUUCUUUGAGCGCCCUGAUGGGAAAAUAGACCAUUUGAUCGGUGAUGGAUCCGUGGUUAAAGAUGAUUGA